CCCAGACGGACCCACGCGAGCGCAACAUGUGUUUCCAUUGUGCGAUCCCAUAAGGACCCCGAGCCUCCCACACCUGCUCACCAACCCUUUCGGACUCGGCCUCCAGAUUUUGUACCCCCUUGCUUACAGGCUUGAAACCACAUCAGCGAUCAACUCGGGCCUUGCAUCAAUAUUAGACGGAAAUCUUGAUAUGCAAGUGGCCUCGUCCACCCCUGUAGCGGCUUCCUCGUCGGCGUGAUUCGGCCAACAUGGCGUCCUUCUACGAUCUUCUAGGAAAAGCCGACAACCUCCACGAACCUGUACCGCCAUUGAACCACAAACCGGUGAUACUUGGCUUCGUGAUUUCGUUUAUGCGAUAUUAUGUGUGAUGCUAAGGAUAUGGUGCCGUAUAUUCGUCAUGCGUGCCUCUGGCUGGGACGACGUCUUUCUGAUUCUUGCGGUGAUCUCGCUAUCGAUCGGAACCAUUGGCAUCUGCUUUGCAACCGAUCAUGGACUUGGCCAGCACCUGCUUUACCUUGCGCCCACAGAGAUCGUAGAGUACAUGAGGAUCUUCUACGUUUGCAAUGGAACGCUGCCCACCUCUACUUGUACAAUCAAAAUUGCCAUUCUUCUGCAAUACCUUCGCAUCUUCGAGCGCGGUACCAAAACCCGCACCUUUACCAUCUUCAUCUUGGUUAUCACGGGAUCGUGGGGUAUUGCGUAUACGUUCCUGGCAUGGGUUCCAUGCAUACCUGUUGCUUCAUACUGGGAUUGGACCAUACCGUCCCACGCUCGUUGGGGUUUCGGAUCUCAGACUGCUGAGGAUUUGGUCUGGAUAUACGCAGUUCAUGGGACCACCAAUAUGAUUCUGGACUUCGUCAUUUACGCCAUACCGCUACCAUUAUACUUCAACAACAAAGCCAACGAGAAAUCUCGUAAGAGCGUUCUCUGCUUAUUCCUGCUAGGAACCGUUGUCUUGAUGUUGACUACCUGGCGCUUCGUCGAACUGAUGAAAUCCCGGGUCGGCACAUAUCCCACAUUAGACAUUACGUGGUACUCGCCGCUGCCGAUGACCCUCGCCAUUCUCGAGAUCGAUGUCGCCGUCAUCUGCGCCUCGUUACCCGUCUUCUGGCCUGUGCUGCAAGACAGCAUGGGCGCUAUCUUUGUCACUCACGAGGUCAAGGUCACCACGGAAACCGUCGACACGCUCGCCGACGACGACGAAUGCCUCGAGAUGGCGGCUCCGUAUACGCUAUGCCACCAGACGUCCGCGACGAGGUUGAACGACACGGCCGGCCUGUUCGACCCCGAGACCCACGGGGCAAGCGCACCGGCCCAGACCAGCCCGGACCCGAGCCCGAAAAAGGGGGCGGGGAUAAUAUUCGGGGCUUACAUGCAGGGGAAGACGACGUGCGACGUGGAAGCAUUGAAGGUUGGGUGAGCUGAUUCGCCCGUGGCGCAAUGAACAUACACUUGGCAUCUCAUGACUUUCCGAUGUACAAUGACCAUUUUUUCAAAGAGUUUCAUCGCCGGCGAGGGCGAUGAUCGGCGUACAGCUGUCGACUUCAGCAUAGGCGAAUACAUAUGGUUGCGCUUAUCGACCAUCGUGAUUCUGAUCGCAACGGAACUCCGAGGUCCUGGCCAAACUAGAUCGAAAAUGGGUUGCCAGCCAGGGCAGCCCGAAUCUACUUAAUGCAGUACACCCCAUGGUUUGAAGAAAGCACGCACAUCACCUCGCAUGUGAAGAUUUCCGAAUCCGUAUCGUUGCCCACAAGCCUCAUCGCCGCAUACGGCAAGCCGCAUUAGCGACAAAUUCC